AUGCCGCGGCGCAAGUUCAUUGACAAGAAGAGUGCCGUGCACUUCCAGUUGGUGCACCGCGCCCAGAAUGAUCCGCUCAUCAACGACGAAAAUGCGCCUUCGAUGGUCUUCGCCGAAGUCGAGAAGCAGCAGCCUCGACGAGCAAAAGACGACGACUACGCAUAUUCCUCUGCCGGAUCGGUCUACUCUGGCGCUUCGUACAGAUCCAAGAAGACCAAGCAGCGCGGCGACCUAGAGGAGGAGUUUGGACUGAGCGUACGCAAGAAUGAGGGAGAAGCGGCGCAGCAUGGCGUCUUCUUCGAUGAUACGCAGUAUGACUACAUGCAGCAUAUGCGAGACUUGGGAGCAGGAGAAGGGGCCGUCACAUGGGUGGAAGCGAGCGUACCGCAAGACAAGAAGGGCAAGGGAAAACAGAGACUCGAGGAUGCACUACGAGACAUGGACCUGGAUGACACGAGGAGUGUGGGGCAGAGCAGUAUGACUUCAGAAGUUGCGAGGAGUCUCUUGCCCGAAGAAGUGCUGCCAAGUGAGUUCGUCAAGAAGAAGAACUACCAGGACCAGCAAGACAUCCCAGACGAUAUCGCGGGUUUCCAGCCGGACAUGGAUCCACGAUUGCGAGAAGUACUCGAGGCGCUUGAUGACGAGGAGUAUGUGGACGACGAGGAAGACAUUUUCGCAGAGCUUACACUGGACGGCUAUGAAGUGGAGCGAGACGAGUGGGAGAGGUUUGGCGAACAGCAGUUGUUCGAUGAUGAAGACGAUGCUGGGUGGGAGAGCGAUGACACGAUUAAAGCGCCGGCAUCACCUCGAGAAGCUCGCCCUCAGCUUGAUAUACCUGAGGGCGAGGAAGUCAUGCCUCCAGAAGAUCCACAGGCUGUGCCUACAGCAGACCCGACUGAAGGUGCCUGGCUAGACGAGUUCAAGAAGUUCAAGUCUGCUGCCAAGGCAGAGAAAGCCGAAAAGGCUGGCCCAGCUGCUGCUCCUUCCACGUUAGAAUCCUCAGCCCUUUCCUCUCUUGCAACCGGGCGGCGAAAGAAGCGAAAGGGUGCCAGAACUUCCACGACCAACUACUCCAUGACAUCUUCAGCGCUCGCACGAACAGGCCCUCUCACAACACUAGAUGAGCGAUUUGACAAGAUGGAGAAUGCAUAUUCCUUGGCUGAAUUCCCUGAGGAGGAGGAAGAUGGGUAUCUCGCAGAGAAUGCUUCUGCCGUGUCUGGUAUGACGGGAAUGUCGAAAGCAUCGAGAGUCAGCAAGUACUCGAGUGCAUCCGGACUCAGUGGUGUGAGCGGCGUCUCCAGCUAUUCUCGGGCGACCGAUUCCGAAGCACCGCAGCUUGUACGAAGCGAUAUGGAUGGUAUCAUGGACGAGUUCUUGGCGAACCAUAGCAAAGCUGGAAAGCGAGGCACUAAGGUGAAGCGUUUCGGGCCUCAGACCGGUCUUGAGCAGCUUGACGAGGUCCGAAGAGAUGCUGGAGGCAAGCGGUACAUUCCUCAGAAGUAUCUGAGAAGCCAGGGGGCUUCAUAG